UGGCAUCGUUUGUUUCCGCGCUAUGGGGUCGGGGCUGCUAGGCCGCCUAGCCCCGCGCCUGGGCCUCGCUGAUCCCGACGUGCUGAGGAAAGCGGAGGAGUACUUGCGACUGUCCCAGGUGAAGUGUGUUGGCCUUUCUGGGCACACCACAGAAACUAGCAAUGCCCUCAUGUGCCUGGACCUUGCAGCUUCCUGCAUGAAGUGCCCCUUGGACAGGGCUUAUUUAAUUAAACUUUCUGGUUUGAACAAGAAGAUGUAUCAGAGCUGUUUUAAAUCUUUUGAGUGUUUACUGGGCCUGAAUUCAAAUAUUGGAAUAAGAGACCUAGCUGUACAGUUUACCUGUACAGAAGCAGUGAACAUGGCUUCAAAGAUGCUACAGAGCUAUGAAUCCAGUCUUCCCCAGACACAGCAGGUAGAUCUUGACUUAUCCAGGCCGCUUUUCACCACUGCUGCACUGCUUUCAGCAUGCAAGAUUCUAAAGCUGAAAGUGGAUAAAAAGAAAAUGGUAGCUACAUCUGGUGUAAAAAAAGCCAUAUUUGAUCGACUAUGUAAACAAUUAGAGAAGAUUGGACAGCAGGUUGACAGAGAACCUGGAGAUUUAGCUCCACCACCAUGGAAGAAAAAGAAGAUAGUGGUUGAAUGCCCAGCAAUGGAAAUAGAGAAGGGAGUAGAGAUCCCACAUAAACCACAGGAAGAUGAAGAUGUGACACAGGAUUAUGAAGAAUGGAAAAGACAAAUUUUGGAAAAUGCAGUCAAUGCUCAAAAGACUACACCUGAAUGAUUUCAGCUUCCAGAAUGAUAUGUGGUACAAACCUGUAUAGUACAUUGCUACCUUCAGGAAGGUUUGAGGGCUUUGAAAUUUUGUUUGAACUUUUAUAACAAGGAUCUGCCUUAAUAGCAAAGAAGCCAGCCCUGGAACUGAGUUCUGGGCAGUGGGCUGGCCCCUGAUCAACCACAGUUGCCUGACUGGCAGAGCUUCUUGUGCUCUCCUGCAAAAUGGAAUUGGAGCCAUUUGGCUUUGUUUUGUUUUAAGUGAGUGGGAGGCCUAUCCAGAAUAUAGAAUUCAGUCUGAAUGGAGUCUUACAGAUUUUACUUUUUGUAAGUUUUUUGGUUUGAUUAAAUCGCUAUAUUACACAGCCUAAUUUAAUAAAUUUUUUUAUAGGCA